CAUGCAACUGGAGCAGACUGGAUCUGGAGUCAGACAAACCUAGAAGCGUGCAAUGCCGUUUGGACAGAGGUACUUUUCAGAGGAGCAGCAUGCUAUAAAGAAACCAAAGCAGGAUUUCCUUAGCUUUCUGGGCAACUGGAGCACAGGAAACCCAGUUCUCCCCCUUUCCGUGGCUUGGGCAGACCUACUGCUGAUCCAGACAGCAUUCUGGGCGUGGAGGAUUUGGGUAGGAUUAUGAAAUGCCUUACACCCAUUAGUAUUUCCCAGCUGCAGUUCUGUUUCAGGAAACAGAAUAGAUUUGUGCAAAAAGAAGAAGCAACUGGGAAACUCUGUCUGACAGUGAGUAGCGGUUAGUGAAGGGUUUUGAGUGAAGGAGGGUCCCAAGCUGCUCACAAGAGAAAACCACUGACAUCUUAAGGACGCCCUGAAAGCUAAAGGAAUCGAGCUGCUUCCUUGGCAGGAAAAUAUUGCAGGCUAUUCAUCAUGCACAUCACUCAGCUGUUUGUGGUUAUCCUGCUCACAGGACUGAAACUCUCUGAGGUAGUGGGUGACUGCUCCUUCAAUAAGUCCCAAGGUCCCUGCACCUGCUCCCUUUUGGAUCUGGAAAAUGGGGGAACCCUCUUUCAAUGCUUACCUGCCUUUGUCUUUGAGCUUCGAGGAGGAAACUUGGAGAAAUAUGUAGGUUUUGCAUCAAACACAGUACAGCAACCAGUGCUUGACAUUCUACAGACGCUGCAGGUGACCAAGAUUGUCUUUGGAGAUCUCCUUGUGCCAGAGGUUCUCUUGGCAGCCGUCAUGAAGCUCACUUACUACAUGCGUAUUACAGAUAUCGAGUUUGAAAGCUGCACUUUCCUUGGAAAUGCCAGCUGGUUCCAGAUGGACAGGUUGAUUCUACCUGUCUCCUCAUUACGCUUUCAUAACGUGACCUCCGCCUCCCUGGCUAACAGAGACAAAGACUUCACCCACCUGAGUAGGUGGCUGGAGACCCUGCAGAAUCUGACUGUGACACAGUCUCAGGUCACCUACAUUCCAUGCAGCAUUGGCAAGGUUUUCAGAAACUUACGCUAUCUGGAUGUGUCAGAAAACCACCUGCAGGACCAGAGCAUGAGGCCUUCAUUUUGCCAGGGGGCUUUUCCACAACUCCAAGUAUUAAAACUCCAUCGCAACAAUCUGAGCUCCUUCCACACCAUGUGUGAAAUGCUGCACCAUCUGAAGAAGCUCGUCCACUUAGACCUGAGUCAGAAUGACCUACUGGCUAUCCCCUCCUCCUCAUGUCAGUGGCAGCCAUCCCUCCAUAUCCUCAACUUGUCCAACACAGGCUUAGAUCAUAUCACCCUGCCUCUGCCCCCCAAUGUUGAAGUAUUAGAUGUGAGUUCCAAUAACCUUCAUGCUCUAGAUCUUGCACUCCCCUUCCUGAAGAAACUUCACCUGUCCAACAACAGGCUGCAUGCUGUCCCCUCAGCCAAGAACUAUCCUGCUUUAGAAGUCCUCAGUCUAGAUGGAAACCUGAUCUCGCACCUCCCAAGGGAUGAGCUGCAAUCUCUGAGACACCUGCAGAGCCUAAGGGCAGGUCGGAAUCCCUACAACUGUUCAUGUGCAGGUGCCAGUGAGAUCCAGGCCUUGGCGAGCAUGGAGUCCUUGAUGCCCGACUGGCCUCAGAACUAUGCGUGUGAGUCCCCAUCUCACUACCAGGGCAUGCUGGUGAAGAAUGUGCCUGCUUCAGUGCUGCAGUGCAACAAGGCCAUUGUGAUAAUUCCUGUCACUGUACUUCUUGUACUGAGCUGCUUGGCUGGGAUCAUUUGCUUUGCCAGACGUAAAGCACGGUCUGGCUAAGCCAGUAGCUAGCCUUUCACAGCAAAGGCUCUGUCCUUCACAAGGCAGGACAGGGGCUGAAGGACAUCACUGCUUGCAAAUGCAUAUGAUCUUGAUGACCAAGUUGCACUAAAGCACUGCUGCCUGAGGGAGCAGGCUGUCCUGGGGCUGCCACCCAGCCUAGUGGGCUAGGAAGAGCAGAUCUCUAGCCAGCUCCCCAGGAUUAAAUUGACAGAGACAUCAAGUUCAGGUCGUUCCUUCAGGAGGGAACCCCUGAGCACUGGCCCCCCUCCCCGCUCUGUGGGGAUCAUAUGCUGGAUGGUUGCAGACAUCUGAGGUACCAGAUAGGUUUUUGGCAUCGCUUUAAAGUACAGGUGUCAGAGGUGGCUCUAGCUUUUUUGCCGCCCCAAGCAUGGCAGUCCGCAGCCUUCGGCAUCUUGCCUGCAGGAGGU